CACACUUCUCCCUUGCCUUGCCCCCCCGAACCUCCUUCCCUUUAGUGUUCCCUCUCCCUUCACUUUUCUUUCCAUUUAGUUUAUCCCCUCCUAACUACACCAACUUCAAAAAGUGUUGCGGGAACUAAUGUGACAUUUGCCACCAUCACAUUUGGUCACUCUGCUGAAUUCACAUGAUACAAAGGAGACAAGAUAAAUGCAUCAGUCUCCAUGUAAAGGAGCGUAUUCCUCUUUAUUGAAUAGCACAGAGAACCAGCAUGUGAAGCCAGCGUAACUGGAGCAAAGUGACACUAAGUAUUACAUUCGGAUUUUCUGAAAAACAGAGACUUUUUUCACCAUGAAUGCAAGAAAAGACUCUUGGGAGAACAACAGAAUGAGAUCUUUCAAAGCGCCACAUGUCUGCACAGCGUUAUCCUUAGUAAUGCUGUUCCUUUCAGUCACUGAAACGUCAAAGCAAAAUAUCCCAAGACUUAAACUUUCCUACAAAGACUUGCUGCUUUCAAACAGCUGUAUCCCAUUCCUGGGCUCAGCGGAGGGGUUUGAUUUUCGGACCCUGCUGCUAGAUGAGGAGAGGGGCCGGCUGCUAAUCGGAGCUAAAGACCACAUCUUUCUGCUCAGCUUGGUUGAUUUAAACAAAAAUGUAAAAAAGAUUUACUGGCCUGCAGCAAAAGAGAAGGUGGAAGUAUGCAAACUAGCUGGGAAAGAUGUCCAGACAGAAUGUGCAAAUUUUAUCAGGGUUCUUCAACCCUACAACCGGACCCAUGUUUAUGUCUGUGGCACAGGAGCCUUCCACCCUAUCUGUGGCUACAUUGAGCUUGGAAUACACAAAGAGGAAACAGUAUUCAGACUGGACACUCAGAACCUGGAGCCUGGCAGGUUGAAAUGUCCUUUUGAUCCUCAUCAGCCGUUUGCUUCAGUAAUGACAGAUGACUACCUCUAUGCUGGAACAGCUUCUGAUUUCCUUGGCAAAGAUACAGCUUUAACACGUUCUCUGGGCCCUUCUCACGACCACCAUUACAUCAGAACUGACAUUUCCGAACAUUACUGGCUUAACGGAGCAAAAUUUAUUGGAACCUACCCCAUCCCAGACACAUACAACCCAGAUGACGACAAAAUCUAUUUCUUUUUCCGAGAAAUAUCGCAAGAUAGCAGCACGUCUGACAAAGCGAUCCUUUCCCGAGUUGGAAGAAUUUGUAAGAAUGAUAUGGGAGGUCAACGGAGCCUAAUAAACAAGUGGACAACUUUCUUGAAAGCAAGACUAGUGUGCUCGAUACCUGGCCCUGAGGGGGCAGACACAUACUUUGAUGAGCUACAAGAUAUAUUCUUACUUUCCACAAGAGAUGAGAGAAACCCUCUAGUAUAUGGAGUCUUCACUACUACAAGCUCUGUAUUCAAGGGCUCUGCGGUUUGUGUAUACAGCAUGGCUGAUAUCAGAGCUGUUUUCAAUGGCCCUUACGCUCAUAAAGAAAGUGUGGAUCAUCGAUGGGUACAAUAUGAAGGACGUAUCCCAUACCCCCGGCCUGGUACAUGCCCAAGCAAAACAUACGACCCGUUGAUUAAAUCUACCAGAGAUUUUCCAGAUGAUGUCAUUAGUUUUAUAAAACGCCAUCCAUUGAUGUACAAGUCAGUUUACCCGAUGACUGGAGGACCUGUAUUUACUAGAAUCAAUGUGGACUACAGACUGACACAGAUUGUGGUGGAUCAUGUCAUGGCGGAAGAUGGGCAGUAUGAUGUUAUAUUCCUAGGCACAGACACAGGAACGGUACUGAAAGUUGUGAGUAUUACAAAGGAGAAGUGGACUAUGGAGGAGGUAGUCCUGGAAGAGCUGCAGAUUUUCAAGCAUCCAACAUUUAUCUCAACUAUGGAGAUGUCCCUGAAGCAGCAACAAUUGUACAUUGGUUCCAAAGAUGGAUUGGUUCAGCUCUCCCUGCACAGAUGUCACACGUAUGGGAAGGCUUGUGCAGACUGCUGCCUUGCCAGAGACCCAUACUGCGCUUGGGAUGGAAACUCGUGUUCCAGAUAUGCACCAACUUCUAAAAGGCGAGCCAGGAGGCAAGAUGUCAAAUAUGGAGACCCAGUCGCUCAGUGCUGGGACGUGGAAGAAAGCAUUAGUCAUGAAACUACUGAUGAAAAGGUGAUUUUUGGCAUUGAAUUUAACUCAACUUUUCUGGAAUGCAUUCCUAAGUCCCAGCAAGCCUCGAUUAGGUGGUAUAUUCAACGCUCUGGAGAAGAACACCGAGAAGAGCUGAAGGCUGACGAGAGGAUCAUCAAAACGGAAUACGGGCUGCUGAUCCGCAGCCUGCAGAAAAAGGACACAGGGGCGUAUUACUGCAAAGCACAGGAGCACACGUUCAUUCACACCAUCGUGAAGUUAAAUUUGAAUGUCAUAGAGAACGGGCACAUGGAAAGCACUCAGAAAACGGAGGAUGAAGAGGGACGGGGGAGAGAUUUGCUUACUGAGUCGCGGCUGAGGUACAAGGAUUACAUCCAACUCGUCAGCAGCCCCAGCUUCAGCCUGGAUGAGUAUUGUGAACAGAUGUGGCACCGAGAGAAGCGGCGGCAGCGGAACAAAGGUGGGGCAAAAUGGAAGCACAUGCAGGAGAUGAAGAAAAAGCGAAAUCGAAGGCACCAUGAACCUGUCAGCAGCCCACAUGCCAGGCCUACAUCUACGUAGCUUUUAUAGUCUAUUUAAAGAAAGGACGUUUAACAUGCAAAAAUACUGUGUUCUGUUUUGUGCAUCCUUCCGAUUAAUUAAUAUUGCUUCAUACUGAGAUUAGAUAAUGCACAGUCAUUAUUGGUCUGUACAGGACUGCACUGUAAUACUGGAAUAUUAUAGCAAAUGACAAAUUCCUUAUUUGAGUACCGCAUUCAAGGCAAUAAUUCCAAAUCUGGGUUUUUUCCCAGAAAUUCAGAUUUUGUAGCUAACAGUGAGAAGCUGAUUCGUGACAUAUGUCAUGUGGGUGUUCCAUGGCUUCCCUGGCAUAAUUUUAAUAUGAGAUUUAAAGUCUAUGUUACAGUGCAUUAUUAAUUGACUGCUACAUUCCACCCAAGAGUUGGCUGCAGUUCAGGGGUAUGUGGAUGUAUUUGUAAAAGUGCUCGGGGGUCUUGUAAGGAUGGGAGGUGCCAUAUAGAUACAGGCCAUUUUGUGACGGAUCUGCAAAACUAUACUAAAUUACCCAUUGGACAUAUAUUUAGGUACAUGGGUGGCAUUUGCUAACACAGAGAAGCAAAGCAAAAAAUCAAUUAAAUAUAAGCUUAGCAGUAACACUCGUUUUCCCCUUUAAAAAUGUAAUCACAUUUUAAGAGGAGGAGAUGUAGAACUUUAUUCAUUAGGGCAUAAGCAGCCUCUAGUUUGCAGUCCAUCUGCUGAAAUGAAAUGUUGACUCAAUUGAAACUGCCAGCAAGGUACUCGAGAGUAAAUUUCGUAAGAAGCACCUGGGAGGUACGUGCACAAACCCUGUUAACAAAUAAUGGGAUUUCUGCCUUCACCUCUAUUGUCUUGCUGAAGAUUUUACCCUGAAUGUCUCCACUCACAUCUACAACUCUAACCCCCGACUGGCUUCAUUUUCUGGGGUAUGGUUAGUUUGUUGUAGAAAAAAAGAGGAGUGGAGAACACACACGCACAAAAACCCUCCCGAACUUGAUGACAAAAGACAAUGAGGGAAACAUAUUUGGCGACAGACAGAAACUGACAGUGCUCUUACACCAGGUAUAACAUUGGGGAGAGAGCAGACAUUCCUCAGACUUAUGUAUUUGUUUUAUAAAAGGUCUUGUGUAUUUCAAACAAGGCAUUGUGUUGUUGGAAUUAAUACUUUUUUAUUAUAAUUAAAUAAAAACAAAAAAAGCCCACGUGUAAAUAAACAGAAGUAGAAGUUAGAGAUGAGCAGCUUUGCGAUUUACAAUAACACCAUUUGUAAAGUGUUCCUAGUUUUACUUUCUCUCUUUAAUGAGAUAAAACUUCUUGUAUGAG